GGCUUCCCUUUCAGUCAAGGAGACGGAGACGCGUCCGAAUAUAUAUCCUCCAUUUGCUUGACGGAGCUCAGUCCGUAUAGCCGUGAGGAUGUAUAAAAGGGACGUCGUCUUGCAUCAUUUCCAUCCUCAUCCUCAUCAUCUCACUAUCUACUGUCUCGAGAAAGCAGAAGCAUGUCUCUCAAAACUCUUCUUCCACUCUCCUUCCUCGCUCUGGCUCAGGCCCAAAAGGCCGGCACCCAGAAAGAGGAAGUCCACCCAUCUAUGACCUGGCAGAAAUGCAGUGAAGGCGGCAGUUGCACCACCCAGAACGGUCAGGUCGUGGUCGACGCUAAUUGGCGCUGGGUGCACACCGUCGAUGGCUACACCAACUGCUAUACCGGCAACGAGUGGGAUGCCUCCAUCUGUCCGGAUGAUAAAACCUGCGCUGACAAGUGCGCCCUCGACGGUGCGGAUUACACCGGCACCUACGGCGUCACGGCCAGCGGCGACUCGCUCCGUCUCAACUUUGUCACGCAGUCCGCGCAGAAGAACGUCGGAUCUCGUCUGUACAUGAUGAGCGAUGACGACACCUACGAACUCUACAAGCUCCUCGGUCAAGAGUUCACCUUUGACGUCGACGUCUCCAAGCUCCCCUGCGGCCUCAACGGCGCCCUGUACUUCGUCUCCAUGGACGCAGACGGCGGCAUGGCCAAGUACUCCACCAACGAAGCCGGCGCCAAAUACGGCACCGGAUACUGCGACUCGCAAUGUCCUCGCGAUCUCAAAUUCAUCAACGGCCAGGCCAACGUCGAAGGCUGGGAACCCUCCGACAGCGACGCCAACUCGGGCGUCGGCAACCAUGGAUCCUGCUGCGCGGAGAUGGACAUCUGGGAGGCCAACAGCAUCUCCAACGCCGUCACGCCUCACCCUUGCGAUACCCCCGACCAAACCAUGUGCGAAGGCGACAAGUGCGGCGGAACAUAUAGCAACGAACGCUACGCCGGCACCUGCGAUCCAGACGGAUGCGACUUCAACCCGUACCGAAUGGGGAAUACCUCCUUCUUCGGCCCCGGCAAGACCGUCGACACCAACUCCAAGAUGACCGUCGUAACCCAAUUCAUCACGGACGACGGAACCUCCUCCGGCACGCUGUCUGAGAUUAAGCGCUUCUACGUGCAGGACGGGGUCACCAUCGCGCAGUCAUCUUCCACCUACUCCAGCGCGGCUGGUAACUCCAUCACCAACGAGUUCUGCACGGCCCAGAAGUCGCUCUUCGGCGAUGACGACGUCUUCAGCCAACACGGCGGCAUGGAAGGAAUGAGUGCCGCGCUCGCAAAGGGUAUGGUGUUGGUGAUGAGUAUCUGGGACGACCACAAGGCGAACAUGUUGUGGUUGGAUAGCAACUAUCCCACUACUGCAGCAUCGACUGAUCCCGGCGUGGCGAGGGGAAGUUGUGAUGUUUCGUCAGGAGAGCCGGAUGAGGUGGAGAGCAGUCAUGCGGAUGCCUAUGUGGCGUUCUCUAACAUCAAGGUUGGUCCGAUUGGGUCUACCUUCUGAUGGGCUAUAUAGUAUGUCUUAGUAGGUAGCACUAUGUAGUACCUUAGGUAGUUGAGAUAGUCCUCCAAUCAUGGAGAAGAUGGAAAUGAGCAAUUUAUUCGUCGCUUAUUGAAA